AGGAGAGCAGUGAGGAGGAGAAGAGCAGGGAGGAGGAGAGCACCUCGGCACCACGGUACAGUACAAUGCUGUAGUGUAGGACGGCAGCGUUCUCCAGAUUCACUCCUCCGAACACACACACACACACACACACACACACACACACACCGAGGCCAGGCAGGGGAAGUGCCGCUUCAAUUCAGCCUCAGGUGGAAGAACACAUAGAAACUAUAGGAACAAGAUGCCAGAGCAGAGCAAUGAUUACCGGGUGGUGGUGUUCGGGGCUGGUGGGGUGGGCAAGAGCUCCCUGGUGCUACGCUUCGUGAAGGGGACCUUCCGGGACACAUACAUCCCCACUGUGGAGGACACAUACAGGCAGGUGAUCAGCUGCGAUAAGAGUGUUUGCACCCUACAGAUCACUGAUACCACAGGCAGCCACCAGUUCCCUGCCAUGCAGCGCCUCUCCAUUUCCAAGGGUCACGCCUUCAUCCUGGUGUACUCCAUCACCAGCCGACAGUCCCUGGAGGAGCUUAAGCCCAUCUACCAGCAGGUGUUGACCAUCAAGGGUAGUGUGGAGAACAUCCCAAUCAUGCUGGUGGGGAACAAGUGUGAUGAGACCCAACGGGAAGUGGAGACCAGGGAGGGAGAGGCACAGGCUGCAACCUGGAAGUGUGCGUUCAUGGAAACCUCAGCAAAAACCAACUACAACGUCAAGGAGCUGUUCCAGGAGCUGCUCAACUUGGACAAGAAGAGGAAUAUGAGCCUCAACAUCGAUGGGAAGCGCUCCAACAAGCAGAAGAGGACCGACAAGCUCAAGGGCAAGUGCAGUGUGAUGUAAGUUGGCUGGUGCAAAGGAAAAGAAGGAGAUUAAAGUAAAGGUCAGAGAGACUUGCACAGAAGAGGAAGGAGCAGGCAGAUGAGGUGUGAUGACAAAAGGCCAGGGAAUCAUCUGAGAAGAUUCAUAUGACCUAAAAGCAUUUUCUGUGACCUCUCCACAGCCCCAUCCCCCAAACUCCAAUCUCUCUGACUUUAAACCAUGAACCAUCUGCAGCAUGUUUAAUCCAUCGGUCAUCAGAUCUUUUCUGAAAGGUGUUAUCCCCUAAGGAAGUGCUGUCACAAUGUCAAGAUAAGGGCAUAGUGAUGCAUGGGAGGUUGAGGAAAGUAAAAUGGGAACCUAUCACAAUAUGAAUCACUCCACAAAGCCAAGGGAAAGAAACGGAAAGGGAGAAAAGUCCACAUGAGGCUUACGAUAAUGGUAGAUAUUUAUUCCCCAUAUUUACUCUAUCUUCCACGGAGCUGGCAUUCUCUUCCUUUUAUUUUCUGUUCUUUGGCACCGUUCUGAAUUUAGCAAGUUAUAGGUUUCAUUAGCAAGAAAGUGAAGCUGUGAAGAACUCAGCUGCACAAAGAUGUUUUGUAACAGCAUUUUCCAUUUUCACUGAUAACCUGGACAUUGAAUUGACAGGCUGUUUUUUUUUUUUUUUUUUUUUUUAGGGAGUAAAUGUGUUCAUAAUUUCACAAGUUGGCCUGGUAGUGGUUCUGGCAGGAAAAUCAGAGUAGAGGCAAAGUAAACAGGAAGGAAAGGCAGCUAUUAUAGAUUCACAAGGUUCUGUUGUUCUGUUUUAAGAUUUACACAGAUAAUGAAACUCCUUUGACUCUCUGCUUCCAUUUUUAUUUCCCUUGAUGUUUUACAUCAACUGAAAUUCCACCUCUGGUGGUAACUCUUCCUAGGAAAAGAAGCAGAUUUGAAUUACUACUACAUGUACUCACUAACUCAAACGCUUUAGCUAACUGCUUGUCCCGGUCAGCGUCACAGUGCUCCAGAGCUUAUUUCGGAAUUCCUGGGUACGAGGCUUGGGUGGUACACCCUAGAGCGGACGCCAGUUCAUCACAGGGUAUUACUAAUUCUUUUCCAAAUUUAUCAGUAAGACAGAGAAGCUGUGUUUUUGACAUGAGUGUCAGCUUUGGACCAUACACAUGUUCUUUUAAUUCAUUUGAGCGAUAUAAUGAACGCAAUCACCCAGGCUGUCUCUUUGGGUCUUUUAAGGGAUAUGUCAGUGUUUUUCAGAUUUUACUAAUUACUCAUCUGUUUUCUCUACAAGAAGCUGCGCGGAGUGCCCUUACAGCUUGCUGAUUUUUAUUAAUCGCGUUUCCAAUCCAUAUCAUUUGUUUCUCUUAGAAACAUAACAAGCAUGGAUACCAAGGUUUGACCAGAUUGUCCAAAUUAUAUGUUUUCGAUGAAACGGAAUGUCUUUGAGGCACCAGUUAUUUACUCGUCUAUGUAAGAAUUUUUUUUAAUUAAUUUAUUUAUUUAUUUGUUUAUUUGUUUCACUUUAUAAAAUGUUGCCUUUCAAAACUUCAGGACUUGUAUGCUGUCAUAUCUGUAUAUAUAAUGCUUCUUGGCACCCUUUUAAUGCCUGCCAACCUGUUAAAACCUUGGUGUCUUCCAACUCAAUGAAGUGAGCAGUUCUGGAAGCAAGACAAGAAACCUUCCCCAUGUACCACCGAAGGAGUGGCAUAUGUACCAGGUAAUGCUGUGUUCACAGAACAGAGAAGGACGUUAAGAAGGUGCCCACGUUCCCUGACGACAGUGCACCCUGUUUCCAGAGUCGCUGGAACAGAGAGGUUUUGCACUGUGCCAAUGAGAGAAGGGUUACACUGCUGAGUCCUGGAGAGUCUCAUGAUGGGUCUUCUCAGUUAGCCACCCUACUAUUUUAUUUAAUCUCAAGUAAAACACCAACCAACUUGGAAAUGUGCCCAGCUUUCUGAGCUUCUGCUGAACCACGCUUAAAUUCUAUGUGGACCGUGGGGUAGUCCAGCAGUCAUAACAGCCAAGAAAAUAUGUGGAAAUUUAAAAAGUGCACGCAUUUUUUUUUUUUUAAAUUUAAUAUAAGGCUGUCAUUUGCUUUUAUCGUUAUGUUUUUUGUCACAUAAACAAAACAAACAAGACAAAACCAUCCGUUAACAUCUGACAUGCAGUGUGUCAUUUGAUGUCAUGGUUGUCGACGCAGACUGAUUUUAGAGGUGUGCUGAGCAAUGAUGUGCACUGAUAUAAACAGUCAUUGGAUUCAUUGUUGUAUUCAGUUCAAAGACAGUGGUAAAAUAUAAAAAAGGAAAGGCCUUGAAUACUAUUGUGCAGCAUCCCACAGAUUUGUUCAUAAUCAGAUUUUAUGCCCCAUAUAACUCUUCACCCUGUACUCAGGAGAAAAUCUAUUAACAGUAUAAUUAAACCAUAAGAGGUAUGCAAAGGAUUACGUCUUUUCUACUUUACUAACCUACAUUAUCAUGAGAUGAUACCCUUGUUAGUACAUAUGAAGGUGGUUGAGUAAAACGAUGACAUAUUUAUGUCAUGCAACAUUAUUUCUUUCCCACUUUAUCACAAAUGGGGUGUUAAUAGUUCCUGUUAAAAUUUUCAAGUGACAGAUACAGAAGUGACUGUCUUGCCCAGGGAUUACAAAUGAUUGGUCAGAUUCAAAAGCACAAGAGUGGGUAAUUUUGACAGGUCACUGUCCAACAUGAGAUCUGAUCUGAGUGAUGAGCCAGGUCUGAUAGAGCAAUAAUGUUUAAAUCCCCUCGUGGAACAGUUCCACAGCUUUUUCGGUGUCUCUCUCAGGUUGCAAGAAAUGAGGCUGUAAAUUUCCAACUUCCACAAGCGACUGACCUCAAUGUGUUGUGACUGACGUUCAUAAGAAAACUAUCCUUAGCCACAGUUAUCCAGCUGAAAAGAAAAAAUGGAAGUAUGUACAGGAAGCCAACCAGAAACCAAAAUUAUUGUAUUUUCAAUUCCCUGAUUCCAAGUAAUCUAAAAUGAGCCAAAGAAAAUAUGUUGUCUGAUUUUUAGUAAUUUGUUCAUUUUAAAAGCACAGUUUGGAUGAUCAUCUUUCCAUGUAUCAAGGCCAGUUAAAUCAAAGGAAUUUUCUUUUAACUGGUGUUCAGAUCAUCCAGUUUAGCUAUGGGCCCAAGACUGAUGUUCAGAGGCCAAUGAACUCUCUUUCCCCAUUGUAUAAUCUGCAGAAAUGACGUAUCAGCUUUCAGAACUAAUAUCAUUUUAUGCAAUGUAUUGUAUUGGCACAAUCAUAUGUAUGAAUAGCAUACCACCAGAAUUCUGAAUUGCUUGUAUACAAUUUCUGUAUGUGUGUACCCUGUGCAGAUGUUUUAAGUAUUUACUGUUGAGAUAGUGGCCAUCAUAUUAAGGUAUGUUAAGGUAUAUGUUGCAUUAUCAGAAUGUUGUUUGCAAAGCAUGGGAUAUUUAGAAGUAAUAUGUAUGUUUUUACAGCCUUAGCUUCUAGCAAGAUUUACAUUGAUACCGAAUAAUAGGAUAAUGUAUCAGCUUGGUCCUAAUAUCUUUUAGUACUUUUCAAACACAACUACAUUGUAAGUCAGGGAGCUUUUUGGAUACCAGAAUACCUGUGAAGCAAAGAUUGACUUGUUCUUUUAAGCACAGUAAAAAUGUUUCAAAGUGUAAUGUCAAAACGGUUUUCACUUUGCUACUGAAUUUUUAAUCAGUGUUUGGUCAAUUUGUCAUCUUCAUGUUAUUUUGGAAUCUGUAUUUAUGACGUCUUUCACACUCACCCACUUUAUUUUUGUUCAACUUAAAUAUGCAUCCAGUAAUGUCAUACAGAAACAGUGCACGUAUAAUGUCCGAUCCACAUAUAAUGUCAUGGAGAAAAAGGUUUCACAUUUACCCUUAAAAAAAUGCUUGUGCAGUACUGUAAUGUUAUUCUUCAGAUUCAACGUGGUCCUUUUUGUUUUACAUUUCCAUUGUUUUUGUGGCUGCUGUGAUGUACAAUUAACUGCUACAGAGCUAAGGCCUCUAAGUGCACUGGGGCUGUUACCCUUACCUGUAAUUUUGUGUUGGCAAAAAUGCAAUUGCUUGGACUUCUUCUACCUAGAGUUUCAUAGUUUGAUUCCAUCUUUGGGUGCUUAGGGCACAAUAAUUUCCCAGACAUUAUCAACUGCUUUGAAAUGGUCCUUUCCUCAUUUAAGUAUGGAAGUAAGACCAGUUUCAGCAUCUCUAAAGUAUACGUUCCACACUACAGCUGUUGUUGGAUGUUCAGAUAUUCCUUCUCUGUCUACAUACGUCAUUUCAGUGUUUGAGCAGGGCAUGCCUUACAUGUAUAUUGUAUAGCUCUAUGGAAAUAGUUUAUUUUCCUGACCCAAGGGAGCCACCUUUGUUGCACAGAUUGAGUAAUUUGGUCACGCUUGUAACUGUUCCAUGGGAUUUUCGUCAUCCAGCACUAUAUUUUCUGCAGUUGCGGGGAUACCAGUGCACGGUAAGCCUCCCUGCCCCCUUUCAUGUAUGAAUCAUGCUGUUCCACUGGAAGGCCGCAGCGCCUCUGACAGAGACAGACUGAAGCAGCAGGGCUUUCAAAAUGUGAGGCGAAAAGCAGCGCUGAUGUACCGUGGAUGGUGUUUGUCUUUAAUGUUCAAAUACUAACCCUGUUCAUUCCACUGUCUUGUGUUAUUUUGGAAAAAAGAAUCAGUUGUCCUGUCAAAUUUUCACUCCUCUGUUAAUCAGUUAACUGUCUAUGGUGAGUAAGCGUGGAGAGACUGAAAAUAAGCACAUGUGUAAAAAUGCAUAUAUAGAAAGGAAAAGGUAAUGUUACAAAACAGGAUGCUUGAGGAAUGUAUGGAGAUGUUGAAUGAUACACCGGAAAAUUGUUUAACCUUUUCUACAUUUUAAAAUAUUUUUUAAAGACAAUGGGGGAAAGUAUAUGGGACGUGAGACAAAUUUAUUUGUGUAAACUGUUACAAAAAUGCUUCUGUUUUUCUCAUAUGUGUUGUGAUUUUACAGGGUGUAGGAAAUGUGUAUCCAUGUUUUGGAUAUAUUUGUUCUAAAACUGAAACCCUGAGAGAAACGUUUUUUCUUAUUCUGUUUUAGGCCUAAUUAUCUGUUGUAAAUACAUACAAGUGUAAUAUACCUAUAUACAGGCAUACACAUGCAUAAGUGUGUGUGUGUGUGUAUAUAUAUAUAUAUAUAUAUACACAUAUAUACACACAUAUACAGUAUAUGUUCUGGGUAGCAGUGGGACAAUGCUGGGGGUGUACAGUAACUACAGGGUAAGCAAAAAUUAGAAGCAGGCAACCACCCAGAAGGAAUUUUAGUAAUCUACUUUGUUCUCAUCAGUAUGUUAUGAUGAGCACAGUUUACACUGGCACCCACACACUCUCUAGCUAUUGCUGGACAUAAUGAUUGGUUGCCUUAAUUAACAUCAAGGGCAAUGUGAAUGUCCACAUUUUAUGGUUAAGGGUUGGAAGUAGAUAUCCAGAGGGUAUCCCAUUUCUCCAGAAUUAGUAAAGGCAUAGCAAUAGGGGUUAUUGCAUAGGCCGUCCUGAACUAUUUUCUCAUGCCUCUGAGAACAGCAUCCAGCAUUGUCGCUACUGAUACCUGUCUGUGCGUACCCAAGCAUGAGGGCAAAGACAAAAACUGUGAAGCAUCUUUUGAACCCCUGUGCAAUUUUAUAUUUUUGAAUGUUUGAUCAUGAUUCAAGAUUAUUUCAAUGUUUGCUUUUUAAAGAAGAGUUAAUCUAGCAUUCCCUUCUAGCAAUAGUCUUCCUAUUAAUGAUAUACUGUGUUCAU